AUGGCUCUUCUUGUCUUGUACCAAUUUCCUGUCCAUCGGCAAUUUUUGCUCCUACUCUAUUUCAGGUAUCCUGCUUUUGCCUCAUCCAAUUUCCUUUCAGUGCCUACUUUUGGCUCCCCCAUGGGAAAGGGUUUAAUGACUGUUAAGGCGUUGUCUGACAGUAAGGGGACAAGUCCAGAUAGUUGGCAACCUGUGUCUGAAAGUGAUGAUGAAGAGGAGGAUGCGGUUCUUGACAAAACUCCUUUGGAUUCAAAGCUGCAGCUGAAGCUUGAGCACAAGAUGAAGAUGAAGAUGAAGUCGGGGAAGAAGAUAGGGCUUAGGAGGAAGAAGCUUGAUCGGAAGCGAGGGAUGAAUAAGAGGGGACAGUGGCCACCAUCAAAAGCAAACAAGUUGAAGAAUGUCUAA